AUGGGACUCCAUCUCCGGACUUAUGGGACUCCAUCACCGGACUUAUGGGACUCCAUCACCGGACUUAUGGGACUCCAUCUCCGGACUUAUGGGACUCCAUCACCGGACUAUGGACUCCAUCACCGGACUUAUGGGACUCCAUCACCGGACUUAUGGGACUCCAUCUCCGGACUUAUGGGACUCCAUCUCCGGACUUAUGGGACUCCAUCACCGGACUUAUGGGACUCCAUCACCGGACUUAUGGGACUCCAUCUCCGGACUUAUGGGACUCCAUCUCCGAACUUAUGGGACUCCAUCUCCGGACUUAUGGGACUCCAUCACGGACUUAUGGGACUCCAUCACCGGAUUUAUGGGACUCCAUCACCGGACUUAUGGGACUCCAUCACCGGACUUAUGGGACUCCAUCACCGGACUUAUGGGACUCCAUCACCGGACUUAUGGGACUCCAUCACCGGACUUAUGGGACUCCAUCACCGGACUUAUGGGACUCCAUCUCCGGACUUAUGGGACUCCAUCACCGGACUUAUGGGACAUCCAUCACCGGAACUAUGGGACUCCAUCUCCGGACUUAUGGGACUCCAUCUCCGGACUUAUGGGACUCCAUCUCCGGACUUAUGGGACUCCAUCUCGGACUUAUGGGACUCCAUCUCGGACUUAUGGGACUCCAUCACCGGACUUAUGGGACUCCAUCACCGGACUUAUGGGACUCCAUCACGGACUUAUGGGGACUCCAUCACCGGACUUAUGGGACUCCAUCUCCGGACUUAUGGGACUCCAUCUCCGGACUUAUGGGACUCCAUCUCCGGACUUAUGGGACUCCAUCACCGGACUUAUGGGACUCCAUCACCGGACUUAUGGGACUCCAUCACCGGACUUAUGGGACUCCAUCACCGGACUUAUGGGACUCCAUCUCCGGACUUAUGGGACUCCAUCACCGGACUUAUGGGACUCCAUCACCGGACUUAUGGGACUCCAUCUCCGGACUUAUGGGACUCCAUCUCCGGACUUAUGGGACUCCAUCUCCGGACUUAUGGGACUCCAUCUCCGGACUUAUGGGACUCCAUCUCGGACUUAUGA